UCCAACCUAACCAUCGCCACCCCGGACGACAUUGAUCGAUUGCUCAGCUCAAAUUUUCUAAUCUCCCAAAUCGUUGAUCUCCUCGCCGCGCUGAUAACCCUUAUCUCUACAUUCUCAGCGAUAAAUUUGAUUUUGACAAAAUCAAUAUUCCAAUGGUCCACAAAAAUUUUGCUAUUCCAAAAUUUAUGUUUCGCCAACUUUUUCCAAAUUUCCUAUUCCUAUGAAGCAAUGAUUCUGGUCUUGAAGAAUCUGGAAUUUCGCGGAGAUUCUAAUUUUCUGAAAACCGAAGCUCAAUGUGCUCCAAUUUAUAAAUUCAUGCUCUUCUGUACAUCUGGAAUGAUCUAUGGACAAACUGGGCUGAUUAUUGAACGCCUUUUUUCGAAUUUUUCCAAAAAUUUUAAAUCCAAAAAAUCCAUCAAAUACUCUUUAAUUCUUCUAUUUUUCAUUUUAUUCUUUAGUGGAAUUACUGGUCCAUUACUAUUAUUUGAUGACCCGCUGGAUGGGGCCGUCUUGGGAUGUUUUAUGAUUCCAAAAGCUAGCGCUAGACGGUCUACAGUAUACUUUGCAGUUUGCACCGUACUCACUUUAUUCAAUUUCUGUGUGGCUUUAUGGUUAAUGAGAUACAAUAAGAAAUUGGAGUAUUCAAUCCGUUUCAAAGUUGGCGCUCGAUUCCGUAAACGUCAACAAAUCGAUUCAACAGAAACGAUUUGUUUUCUGUCUGUGUGUCUGUUCGUCCUGAUGUUCAUUUAUUCAGUCGGCGUGUCGUUAUUGAGAAAUUUAAGGGACUAUUUGAUACUGGCUGAUUUUUAUUUUUGGGUUGUUUGGCUCUAUACAGUUCCAAUUUUUGCCAUGCUCCUCCCACUUUUGCUGAUCUACCGUAUCCGAUGUAGCCACGCGAGUCGAGUUCAAAAUUUAAUUGGAAUUUCGCAUGAGAAACAGUCACAGGAUGGUCAUAUAAAA